CACUAACAUCACAAAAACAUAAUAUACAAAGAGUGCUACUUGAUACUUCUACUAAACCCAAAAUGAGUCUCGUCAAUAUCCUUCCAACAAUCCUUUCGCUUGCCCUGUUAUUCAUCACCUCAACCCAUGCUGCCACCUUUGACGUUGUGAACCGAUGUACCUACACUGUUUGGGCAGCAGCCUCACCCGGUGGUGGUCGCCGUUUAGACCAAGGCCAGACUUGGACCUUUGAUGUGGCACAGGGAACUAAUAUGGCCCGUAUAUGGGGCCGAACUAAUUGCAACUUUGAUGCCAAUGGGCAGGGUCGAUGUGAGACAGGUGAUUGCACGGGAGGGCUAGUUUGUCAAGGCUGGGGAAGUCCACCAAAUACCCUAGCUGAGUUUAAAUUAGAUACGGGCAACAACAAUGAUUUUAUUGAUAUCUCCCUUGUUGAUGGGUUCAACAUCCCAAUGGACUUUAGUCCUACCACCGGAGCUUGUCGUGGAAUUCGAUGUGCAGCGGAUAUUAAUGGGCAGUGUCCUGCCGAGUUGAAGGCUCCUGGAGGCUGUAACAACCCUUGUACGGUUUUUAAGACCAAUGAGUAUUGCUGCACUAACGGACAAGGAAGUUGUGGCCCAACUACUUUCUCCAAGUUCUUCAAGGACAGGUGCCCUGAUGCUUAUAGCUACCCUCAGGAUGAUCCAAGCAGUACAUUUACUUGUCCUAGCGGCACUAACUACAGGGUUACAUUUUGUCCAUGAGCACUUGAUUUCAUGGAAGAGCUUAGAGUAUAUAGUGAGUGAGUAUAUUGUAUAAUAAGAGCUUCUGCAUCCUCCUGUGAAGCCAAUAUUAUAAAUUUGCUUAUAAAAGAAAGAAGUAUUAUCCUUCAAGUUAA